GAGCUGCGCCGGCUGUCUGUCAACAACAACAGAAGCAGCAGCGGCGUUUGACGUGAGGCUAACGUGAAGCUAACGGAGGAAUUUAUCUAAAAACAGCGUUAUUUCUGAUGAUUUCUCUUUUUGGUCUCCUUCUCUUCCUGUCUCUGUAAUGGGGCAGGGCCAGGCUGUGGCUCGGCUGCCUGAGAAGCUCUUGAGACACGUGGCUCUGGUCAAAGAUGGCGGAUACUUAACCUACGAUGAGUUUCUGGCCAGAGUCGCCGAACUCAAUGAUGUGACUGCAAGGUUGGCCGCCGGGCAGCAGAAGCACCUCCUGUUUGAGGUGGAGCCGGGGUCAGACGCGUCAGCUUUGUGGAAGGUCGCGGUCAGAGUCGUGUGCACAAAGAUAAACAAAGAGAGUGGAGCAGUGGAGGCGUCUCGCAUCAUGAACCUGUACCAGUUCAUUCAGCUGUACAAGGACAUCACGAGUCAGGCCGCAGAGCUGACAGCAGAGGGCGCAACAGAGGGACCUUCAGGAGAGGGCCCUAAUACAGAGUCCUGCCAAGCCUCCAUGUGGAUGGGCAGAGUGAAGGAGCUGACAGAUGAAGAGGAGUGCUGUAUCUGUAUGGAUGGAAAGGCUGACCUGAUCCUGCCCUGUGCCCACAUCUUCUGCCAGAAGUGCAUCGACAAGUGGAGUGGGCAGCAGAGGAACUGUCCGGUCUGUAGGCUGCAGGUGACCGCGGCCAACGAGUCCUGGGUGGUGUCAGACUUUCCCUCUGACCACGAGCUCGCCGGGUAUAUCCUCGACCUGGCAGACGAGGCUGGGCACCCACACAGGCCAUAGUACAACUGUCAGAGUACUACUAAUACUGUCCGAGUACUACUCCUACAACCCAGUACUACAAAUGCUACCACACAGAACUAUAAGCCAUAACAGUACCACCAUCUAAGUGUGCAUCCUCGACCUGACCAUAGUACACAGAUAGACCAUAGUACUGGCAAAGUGUUCUACUACUUACUACUUACUACUUGCUGUCAGUACUAUCACUGUUACCACUGAAACUGCAGUACACACCAGUACACAGUAAUCUGCUGUAACAUGACCACUGACUUAUGUAUGAGAGAUUUGAUGAAAAAUUAUUUUUUUUAAAUACUGAUAUGUUCAGUGUUAGACCUAGUGUUGUUCCGCCUUUAGCUCUGAUUACAUCACACAUUCGCUGUGACAUUGUUACGAUUUUGCUUCUGCAAUGUCACAAGAUUUAUUUCCAUCCAGUGUUGCAUAAAUUUUUCACCAAGAUGUUGCAUUGAUGAUUGCCGAGUCUGACGCUGCACAAAGUCUUCUCCAGCUCAUCCCAAAGAUUCUCAAUGGGGUUGAGGUCUGGACUCUGUGGUGGACAAUCCAUGUGUGAAAAUGAUGUCUCAUGCUCCUGAACCACUCUGUCACAAUUUGAACCUGAUGAAUCCUGGCAUUGUCAUCUUGGAAUAUGCCCGUGCCAUCAGGGAAGAAAAAAUCCGUUGAUGGAAUAACCUGGUCAUUCAGUAUAUUCAGGUGUCAGCUGAACUCAUUCUUUGAGCACAGACUGUUGCCGAACCUCGACCUGAUCAACUGGAGGAGGCUCGUACCUAUUUGCUUAGUUAAAUCCAGGUAACGACUUUUUUUUGGCCAGUGUAUUUUAGACCUGCUUUAGUGCUGGUUAGUCCCGGUCUUCCUUGGCAAAUCCAGGGAGGUGGUUGUAAUGUUUUGGCUCAUAGUUCAAAUCUUUGUACUGUUUGUGAACUGGACUGAAGUGACCCUGUCUGAAACUCAAAACAUUUCAAUUUAACUUUUAUAUUUUCUAACAAAUAUAAAAUACUGGCAUUUGUGUGUUACUUUAUCAACACUGUAAAGGCUGUGGUCACAUGACUACAAUAACAUGUGAUCGAAGCAUUCACGCUUUUAUUUUAACUUUUGUAAAAAUCUCAUUCAAAUUAUACUUUUGUUUUCUUAUAGUUUUGUUUAAAAUUGUAUGACAACUUUUUCAAACAAUCUCAAAUGCUGUAGUUAUAAUUGCUACUUUGGGCUUUAAAGGUGCACUGUGUAACUUUUCUACUUGUCUCUAUGGAGACAUUAUUGCUCUACUUUAAAAUUUCCGCAGUAUGGCAUUACACUUUACGCAUUCGUUCAGUUAACGUGUGUUUUUCUUGCUUGUGAAAAACAUGUGUUCUGACUGUGAACGAUGACGCCUUUCCACAGAUCUGACCUGUAACUUGUCCUCCUGGCAUCACUUUCCAUGGAGAUAGAUAAGGUUAAUGCCCUACUGUGGGACAUUCAAGGCAAAGAUGAGCAGCUAUGACGUAAUGUUAGUUGAGUGUGUCUGUGUCUGCAUAUGGGGCAGAUCUACUGUAUAUUAUAGUUUAAAGGACCUGUACCUGAUUUUUUUUCCAUGUUUUUGAGCAAAAUGUGUCCCAAGUACAGAUAUAUUGUGAAGAGUUUUAUUGUUGGAGAACCAGGAAGUGCGCGUCAGCAUGCUUAUGGUUAGCUUUGCUGUGAUGACCAAACUUGUCUCUAAGAGUUAUGAAAACCUCUUAUAAACUCAUCAUGGUGAAUAAUUAGAAUGCUCUGAAGGCAUAAGGAAAGUGAGGAAUAACUGGACCACAGCAAACUGUUUAAAAUGAACUAGUUCUGUGUUUCACUUUUUUUUAAGACUAAAAAUCAGAUACAGGGACUUUAAUGAAUAAUAAGAGAAAUUAACAUAAAGUUAAAAUGUCCAAAUGAAACUAGAGCCUCAGCCUCGGUCCCAUAGAGUCAUGGUCCAGUCUGUUUGAAGACGUAUUAGUCUCAGCUGCUUUGGUUUUAAACUGCAGAUGACAGGUUUUCACGUAUUUCUAAUUCUGAUUUGGUUUGGUGAGACAAAGCCUGGGCUAAACAGUCAGAAGUUCCCUGAUUAUUCACACCGUAGAUUCUCACUGAAGCAUCAAAACUAUGAAUGACAUCUGUGAAUGUAGUGAAUAAAAAUACACUCAAAAUAACUUGUUUUAGAUUUUUUAAAAUCUCCCUUACCCUUUGGUUCAGCUGUGAAGUGAAACCAUUUCAAGGACUUCAUCUUGAAGCUCAGUGAGAGAAGGACAAGGGUUUGAGCUGUGCACAAAGCAAAGAGAGGAGACUCUGAGGAUCUGAAUAUAAAAUAUAAAACAUAUUCAAAAGAGUUAUUUAACUUUUUUGUUUGUCUUCACUACAUCUCUCUCUCUCUCUCUCUCUCUCUCUCUCUCUCUCUCUCUCUCUCUCUCUCUCUCUCUCUCUCAUAUAUAUAGAAUGUGUGUGUGUAUUUCUUCAUAUAUCUGCUGUUUUCUGUGUGUAUAAAAUGUAUAAAGUAGUGAACAUAAAGAAAAAACAUUGAGGUGAGUCCAGACCUUUGCCUGGUCGUGUGUGUAUCAGUUUGAAGAAACAUUUACACAGUUUAUGCUCAAGGAAGACAUGUUUAUGACACUUUAAACUUUUAUUUAAAUAAGUGUUGUCUCUUAUUUGUGAGUUGAAUCAGAACUAUUGUGUAACUUAGACACGUUUUGGCCGUUGGUGUUUUUCAGAUUUAAACUGUGAUGUCGUACUCCCAGAUGGGCGCAGGAUUCCCUAUUGAUUACACUGUACUUUACCAUGAAAUAUCCAAAAGGUAUAUUUACAAAUGUUGAACCUGAUCAUUUCUAUUAGACUAGACCCAAGAACUAAAGAAAAAAACAGAAAAAGAGUUUUAGUUCAAUCUAAUGUUAUCUGUGUCUGUGUCUCACCUGUCAUCUGCACUUUAAACUCAGCUGGAACUCCCCCGUUUGACUUUGCUCCUCCAUUUAGUUCACUUUCGUUCACAUUUUGUUCAAGUUUUGUUCAUACUCUGAUGCCUUUAAAAUCUUAUUGUAGCUAUAUUUUAAUUUGCUGAAAGUUUGGUGUUUUGAAGAGUUUUAGUCUAAAGUUUGGGGUUGAAUAAGUUUCAGAUUUGUAGCUUUUCAGAUUAAAAUACUGUAGCAUUUGAAAAUUUCUUAUAUUUUACUUUGCAUGAAACAUUUGUGUCUAAAAAUAUGAAAUAAAAUGUUUAAAGUCCCU